AUGAGUGAAGCACCGAGCUAUAACGAGUCAAUGCCCUCGGGCGGCAACCCUCUAGAGAUGGACGUUAAUGCCCAGUACGCAGGGUUCGAGUACAACUACACAUACCUGAUCUUCUGCGCCUUCAUAGUAUGGCUCAUUAUACCCGGAAUCGGUCUCCUGUACGGUGGUCUCGCUCGCAGGAAGUCUGCCCUCGCCCUCCUCUUCCAGUCUCUCAUGGUUGGCGCGGUCACCACAUUCCAAUGGAUGUUCUGGGGCUUCUCACUGGCGUACAGCCGCACCGCAGGCCCAUUCAUCGGCGAUCUGGCCAACUUUGGUCUGCGCGAUGUCGUUGCUGCACCGUCCAUCGGCAACCCUACAAUCCCGGAUAUCGCGUUCUGUCUGUACCAGCUCCUUUUCUGCGCCUGCACCGUGCAGAUCGUGGUCGGCGGCGCGUUUGAGCGUGGACGGAUCAUCCCGUCUCUUGUAUUUGGGUUCUUCUGGGCCACCAUCGUGUACUGCCCCAUUGCGUGCUGGACAUGGAACCCCAAUGGUUGGCUGUACAACUUGCCAUCUCUGGAUUUUGCUGGUGGCGGCCCAGUGCACAUUGCCUCCGGAUGGGCGGCGCUGGCUUACGCCCUGGCACUCGGAAAGAGAAAGACACAUGCAGACGACAAGUCACACGGCAAGCCGCAUAACACCACCCUCGUCUUCCUUGGGACCGUCUUCAUUUGGUUCGGCUGGUUUGGUUUCAACGGCGGCUCAGCACUCAAUGCAAGUGUUCGUGCCAUGUAUGCUGCCUUCAAUACCAACACUGCCGCAUCCACUGGCGCCAUUGGAUGGGUCAUGGUAGACUACAUCAGGCACAAGAGACGCUUCAGCGUUGUCGGAGCUUGCGAAGGUGCGAUUGCUGGCCUUGUUGGUAUCACUCCAGCAGCAGGAUAUGUUAGCGUGUGGCUUGCCGCUGUCAUCGGAUUCCUCACAGCUGUCAUCUGCUCGCUCAUGUCAGAUGUCAAUGUGUGGCUUCAUAUUGACGAGGGCAUGGAUGUCUUCAAGCUUCACGGAAUCGGCGGAAUGUGCGGUUCUUUUUUCACUGGCAUCUUUGCCACGUCUUCAGUCUCUGCUCUUGAUGGCGUCACACUUGCGUCUGGGGGCAUCGAUGGAAACGGCAUUCAAGUCGGCAAGCAGUUUGCAGAGAUCUGCGCUAUCUCGGCUUACUCUUUCGUGGUAUCUUUUGCACUACUCAUGAUCAUGAAGUACAUUCCCGGCUUACACCUCCGUGUCUCUGAUGAAGCCGAGGAGCGAGGGUUGGACUUGGACCAGUUCUUUGAUGAGCAGAUUGGUGACUGGAGUUACCUGGACAUGGUGCAGAAGCAGCAAAGUACCACAAUUGUUGGUGAGGCCGCACGUGGUAGUGAUUCGUCCUCCACAAGGGAGGGAACGGCCGAAGAGAGAAAGGGAAUCACAGGAGAUGCAGUCAAGGCGGCGUAA